AUGGGAACCUCGAUUGCCCCUCCUCACACGUGCCCAUCACACGACUUGGGCGACAGGGUGGUGAAGUCAGGCUGUGGCCCCAGCGGCGCCACGAGGCCAAGAAUCGGCGCUCAGCCUCAUCCCCGUGGCUGCAGAGUGCCAAGCGCCAGGUCCUGCGCUCUGGGCGCGGGUCAGGAGCAGCUGGCAAGGGCGGCGCAGCCUGUGGGGCCCUUGGGCGCGGUCUGCCGCAGCUCCGGGAAGCCACGUCAGCCCACGGGCGCUGCAGCUGCAGCCACCACCAACACAUGGAGCAGGGGUCGCCGAGGAUUGGGAAUCCCCGACCAGGACUGCGCCUCCAGCCGCGCGGACCCCGGGGCCAGUCCAGCAGCGGCAAGUCAGGCAGUCUGCGGCAGGAGCGCCGGGCAUGGGCUUUGGCCCGGGGUGCAGGAGGAGCGCACCCUCCGGCCGGAGGGAUGGGCGGCGCACUCAGGGCCCAGGAGGCCAUCCCAGGAGAGCCCCGCCAGCCCCCGCCGGAGCCCGAGCUGCAGCUGCCACUUGCAAGUGGUGCGCUGGCUGCAGCGGUGGCAACCCCGGAUUCCGUGCUCCCGCCUCGCGCCCAUCAGCGCGGACCCCGGGGGCGACGCAGUGGCGAAGUCGGGCUGUGGGCCCAGCGGCGGCACCAGGGGGAGAAGGACCACUCAACCCCAUCCCUGGGCUGCAGAGGGCCCAGCGCGGGGGGCUCCGCGCGUCUGGAGCCGGUGGAAGAGGAGAAGAGCUCGCGGGCGACAGUCAUACAAGCCCUGGGGCAGGGCGCGCCUCGCGCUCCAGGGAGCCACACCAGGCCGCGGUGCCUCCGCAGCAACCGCCGCCUGCACGUGGCGCGGCGAGAGAGCCGUUAGGGCGGUUUCUCCGCCUCGGGCCUGUUGGGCGGGGCCGGCUAAGGGCUGGAGCGUUCCCAGGCUGCAAUUUGCAGCGACAAUUGUGGAAGACUACGAGCCGGAGAGGUGGCCCACCCUCAGGGAGCGCUUGUGCUGGGAUGGCUUCUCAUUUCCCCAAUACCACAUUAAAUCGUCUCAUCUGAGGACGAUCCACAGAGCUGUCUUCUAUGGUAAUCUGGAGAAACUGGAGUACCUUCUGCUCACGUAUCAUGAUGCCAAUGAGAGAGACAAGAAGGAAAGGACUGCCCUACAUUUGGCCUGUGCCACUGGCCAACCGAAAAUGGUAUUUCUCCUGGUGUCCGGAAGAUGUGAGCUUAACCUCUGCGACCGUGAAGGCAGGACACCUCUGAUCAAGGCUGUGCAACUGAAGCAGGAGGCUUGUGCAACUAUUCUGCUGCAAAAUGGCGCUGAUCCAAAUAUUACGGAUGUCUUUGGAAGGACUGCUCUACACUAUGCUGUGUAUAAUGAAGAUACAUCCAUGAUAGAAAAACUUUUAUAUGGUACAAAUAUUGAAGAAUGCAGCAAGUAUAAAUAUCCACCACUGUUACUCGCCGUGAGUAAAAGAAAACUGAAAAUGGUGGAAGUUUUAUUGAAGAAAAAUGCAAAUAUAAAUGCAAUUGAUUAUCUUAGCAGAUCAGCCCUCAUACUUGCUGUUACUCUUGGAGAAAAAGAUACAGUCAUUCUUCUUCUGCAGCACAAUAUUGAUGUGUUUUCUUGAGAUGCGUAUGGAAAGACUGCAGAAGAUUAUGCCAUUGAGGCUGAGAAUAGAGUCAUUUUCGAAUUAAUUUCUGAAUACAAAAGAAACAAAUAUGAAGAGCUUUCUAUAAAUAGCAAUCCAGAAUCUUCUGAGCGACCUCCUUUAUGCACGCUUACCCUGAAAGAAGCAGAUCCCAGUUCAAAAGUAGCCAUAAGAAGGAAGGAUUCACCACCUCCAGGAAAAGUGUCUUCUCAGAAAUAACCAGCUGAGAAGGCUACCAGUGACGAGAAAGAUUCUGUUUCGAAUAUAGCCACAGAAAUGAAGGAGGAACCAAUAUCUGGGACGGGUAAUUUUGCAAAACACAUCUAAUGUCAUGUUCAAUCAAGAUAGAAGAGAACUUCCCUUCCCCAAAUAAAUCAGUGGGGAGUUCGUCUAAGCUGCAUGUUCUGAUUCAGUACACCUGAGAUUCUUCAUUUGUAGUGAGUUCUCAGGUGACCCUGAUGCUGCUGGUCCUUGGCCAUGAUCUGAGUAGUAAGAUUAUAGACUUCCCCACAUUGAAAUUGGGAAGAAGAACCAUUGCAGAGCAAUUCAACACAUACCAGGCUAAGGGAAAAGCAUAAUUUUGCUUUAAUUUUAUAGCAUGUUUCCAUCAAGAGGGGAAAGAGAAUGAGAUGAAGUAAUAGAAAUUACAGGCAUCAUAUUGUAUUGUUAUAAACAGAGGGAAAAGUGAUCCUAAUUACUCCAUAAAUACUGUAGAAUGAGAACUAAGAAGACCACUGAUGUAGCAAUUAUUUUCCUCAAGGAAGAGGGAUUGUGAGGCAGGAAGGAGGAAAAAGAAGAAGGUAUUUAUGUAAUUUUGGGGUUUCUGCUGAGGAAACCUGAGUGAACUCAUUUCAGAUGCAUUUGGAAUAUUUGCAUAAAAGAGGAUUUGAUUUUGGCUGCUCCAAGAACUACUGGAAGCAGGAAACAAUGCUAGAACUGGGAUAAACCACAGUGACUCAUUACUCCUCUUUGUUACUAUUAGGCAUCAGAGAUACAUGUUUUGUUGACUUUAGUUAUAAAAAUGAGAUAAACUUGCAUAUGAAUACACUGGCUUCCUUGUUCAGGGAGCUAACUCUUGGAUAAAAUAGCUAUUGAAUGAAACUUCUUUAGAGAAUAACAUGAUACUCCCAACAAGACUAUCUUAGAAACAAAAAUGAUGUUGAAUUCUAAUUAACUCCUAAAGUGGUCAUUUUCAAUGAAUAUUGGAGUGAUUUCUGAAUGUAAAACUUAUUAAUAUCUAAUGCUUGCGGCAGUUUUACUUUGUAGAAGUAUGUUAACAUUGGUAAUUGGUGGCCCACAACAAAGAAUUAUCUCAAUAUCUCAGCAAAGAAUUAUAUCAAUAAAGCUACAAUUGAGAAGCA